AUGAACCGUCUUCUUUCUGACCCCAACGCAGAGAUCUGUCCAGACUUUACGUCGGAUGUUUACCAGGCGAGCCGUGCGCCGCUCGUGGCCUUGAAUAAUACCGAUCAGCAGGCUGCUGAACUUCUGCGUACCGUGUGGACUGCAACCAAUGCUGCCCAGCGAGUCCAGUGGCAAAAUCAGGUUGCGGCAGAUCAAGCGCUUUUAGCGGAGCAACAGCGUCUUGCAGACGAGGAAGCAGAACAGCAACUGCAGGCGAAGCGUCUGGCAGAUGCUGCGGCAGACGAGGAAGAAAAGAAGAAAAACAGGCUCAAGCACAUUCCCAUUCCCAUGCGUCCUCGGCCCUCCCGCGCCAAUGAGAACCUUCUGGUCUCAGAUUUUGCGCUGCGAAAGCUCGAGAAAGGACACUAUGUCGAGAUUUACUAUUGGACAAACAAGGGUUUAGCCGACGCUCGUUUACAGUUCCGCGCCACUGACGACGAAGGGAUGGUCCCCACCACUGCAUCAGACGGCACGACCACGUGGAUGCCAGCCAGUACCACUCGUCCCUCUGCGACAGUCAUUCCUGAUCACAAUCUGAGUGCGCUGGAUUUUGCGCAAGCCAUUCCCCACCUAGUUGCAUCCUUGACGGAACGGGGGUGGGACAAUGAGCGGGUGCACAUGUUAGCUGCCUUUUGGGGGGCGCUCAUGUUGCACAGGUACUGGUGUUCAGACGACCCUCUCGAUCAACGUGCCCUGCUGCUGUAUCAGGAAGAGCAGCGUCGAGCCUGGCACCAGGCCAUU